AUGUCUUUCAGGAUUUGACCAAGCUGCUCUCAAGGUGCAAAUUGGAAGCAGUAUUCCUGUGCUACCUGCUCUGUAGUCCAGAUCAUGCAGACCAAUAGCCCCAGUGACAUACACCAGAGUGAAUGGCAGAAGAAUUACUUUGUGGUUACCUCUGACACCUGUACACCAGGACAGAAGGCAGAUGCAUAUCGUGCACAGAUUUUACGCAUUCAAUAUGCAUGGGCAAACUCAGAGAUCUCCCAGGUUUGCGCUGCCAACCUGUUCAAAAAAUAUGCAGAAAGGUACUCUGCAGUUAUUGACUCUGACAAUGCAGAGACCGGCUUGAAUAACUAUGCUAAAAACAUUUUAACCUUGGCAAGAUGUCAGCAAAGUGACAGUGACAAGUGGCAAUCUGCUUUGACAACAAGUAAUGUGAUGGAAUUGAAGUGUGUUCAAGAGAUGAUGCAGGCUGGCAAAAAGUUCCAGAGCUCUCUGGUGACACAAGCAGAUGUAAGCAUUGAUAAAGAGGUCACUGCUUCUGUUUCUUCAAAUCUUUCCAAACAGUCUCUCUGCAGUGGUGAAGGAGAACCUGUGCUUGGGGCUGGCUCAUCAAAUUCUAUAAAUCAGGGACCAGUUAUCCUUGGGAGACCCACAACUUUGAAACAUCAUCAAAAUGUUAUGCUUUCCUCAACCAAGACAGGAGUUACACAUUCUUUUUCAUCCUUGCUUAAAAGUGAAGGGUCUGAAGAUGCCUCUUUUGCAACCCCCUUAUUUGGAAAUAGUGAAUUAGCAUUUAAUAGUUCUCUGACAGCCACAAGUAAUUCCAGUUUUGGGCAAAAUUCAUCAACUUCCACUCAGUCAAAUUUCUAUGCAGGGAUGGGCAACCUGGGAAAAAGGAAAACAUUUUUUGUUACCAGUGAAGACAGUAGUAAUGCAUCUUCUAGUUUCAUUCAUAAUAAGUCAGUUAAUAUAGAAGAAAAGAACUUUGCAGGGAGUGGAAGCAAAAACAGUGAGAACAAAGCAUCUGGUUUCAAAACUGCAAAAGAACAACUCUGGGUAGACCAGCAGAAGAAAUGCCAAAAUCAACAUCCGCGUACACCAUUCCCAUCAUAUGGUGGUAUAAAGAAGUCUUUGGGAGCUGGAAGAUCUCGGGGUCCAUUUGGAAAGUUUGUCCCUCCAGUGCCAAAACAAGAUGGAACUGGAGAUACGGGAAUGCAAUGCAGACCUUAUGGAACUGUAGCUACAGAGCUGGCUUGUCCAACAGAUGAACGGUUAAAGAACAUAGAACAAAAAAUGAUAGAACUUAUUAUGCAUGAGAUCAUGGACCAUGGACCUCCAGUAAAUUGGGAUGACAUUGCUGGAGUUGAGUUUGCAAAAGAAACUAUCAAGGAGAUAGUAGUAUGGCCUAUGUUGAGACCUGACAUUUUUACUGGCUUACGGGGUCCUCCAAAAGGUAUUCUUUUAUUUGGUCCUCCUGGGACGGGGAAGACUCUCAUUGGCAAAUGUAUUGCAUGCCAAUCUGGGGCCACAUUUUUUAGCAUAAGUGCCUCUUCACUGACCUCCAAGUGGGUAGGUGAAGGAGAAAAGAUGGUCCGUGCGUUGUUUGCUGUGGCACGAUGCCAGCAGCCAGCAGUAAUUUUCAUUGAUGAAAUUGAUUCUCUCUUGUCCCAGCGUGGAGAUGGUGAGCAUGAGUCUUCCAGAAGAAUAAAAACUGAGUUCUUGGUCCAGUUAGAUGGAGCGACAACCUCUUCUGAAGAACGCAUACUAGUUGUAGGAGCAACCAACCGUCCACAAGAGAUUGAUGAGGCUGCCCGAAGGAGACUGGUAAAGAGAUUGUACAUCCCGCUUCCUGAAGCUUCUGCUAGAAAGCAGAUAGUGUCACGUCUGAUGUCAAAGGAACAUUGCUCCCUAACGGAAGAGGAAAUAGAUCUCAUUGUUAAAAAAUCAGAUGGGUUUUCUGGGGCUGACAUGACUCAGCUUUGUCGAGAGGCUUCUCUAGGCCCCAUUCGCAGCCUUCAGUCUGUUGACAUUACGACUGUCACACCUGAGCAAGUACGAUGUAUUGUUUUUCAAGAUUUUGACAGUGCUUUAAAAACUGUGCGCCCCAGUGUGUCCUCCAAAGAUCUGGAAUUGUAUGAAACCUGGAAUCAAACAUUUGGAUGUGGAAGAUAAGAGUAAUUAAUUUGCAUAAUAAAGUUACAUAGUAGUGUUGAUUUUGAUUGAUUUUUUCUAAAAUGUUCCUGGCAUUCUAAUAAAUGUGAGGAAACUCUUGAUUUGUACAUAUUUUUGCUUUGUUGCCUGAGCUAGUAAACUGUUUGCAGAUAGAUUGCUUCACAAGAGGUGCUGUUUUGAGACAGAUUUGUCCUUGCCUAGGGAUAUUAUUUAAUGUUUACUUAUGUAUUUCACUUGUGCAUGAAUCAGCAGGUAAUGUAUUCCAUGUCAUAUUCCAGAACAAAGUGUCAUGAAGGAAAUUGUAAGUUUACAAAAUUCCUGGUAUUAACACACACAGGAC